AUGACCAGCAUAAUGCAGAAGGUUGUGGGGCGCCAAGGCAGCACAAAAGGAGGGCGCUCUUCAUCACCAGAACGCAAACAACGUCAGCGUCAAAUGCUGCAGGAAAUCCGCCAGAAUAUCUCCGAAGCACGUUUCGAGACCGGUGAGGCGAUCGGGGCGAUAAGCACCGACAUGAGACGAAUGGGGCAAAGGUUAAGCCGAUCGAGUACGACGGAUGCCGAUGAUGAGCCGAACCUUCCCGGGGACUACGGCGCAACGGACACACUGCGCGCCAUGAAACAAUUGAUAAUCGACCAGCGGGAAAUAGAAGACAGGGAAGAGGCCAAAAAGAAGGCAUCAUGUUCGAAGCCGAAACCACCGGAAGACAACUUAGCCGUCAAAUCGAGGUCGACUUCUAGGCCUACUUCUACGACCACUACCGCCGAAAUCACACCACGUAGCAGUAUAACCAGCAAUGUUGUCGCAGCCGACAGCAACGACAUCGUAGUAGAAGAGAGAUAAACCUUUAAUGCUUGAUCCGCGGCUAUGUCAUUAACCAUGAUGACGGUGGCGGCAAGGAAAACCCUUUUCGUUGCUAACUUAGACGACUCAUAAAACAGCCAUGAUUCGAUACAAAUGGGACUGUCACGAAGCAGCAUAUUUAUGGAUACGUUUAUUCAGAUGUUCAAGGAUGCAUGGAGCGAAGGGUCAUUGAUUAUCUAUAAGAUACUGACUCAAUGAAGCAUGGUAUGUUUAUUAUCGAGUGAAGAGCAUGUCACACUUAAUGACACAGACUCCAAACCAACUAAGGGAAUGUAAUCCAAAACAACGUGAUGGCUGUGAUCGGUCUAUAGUGGUUUGAUUGGUGUGACCUGCUAAUUGUGACGUAGGUAUAAUACAGUUCAUACUGGCCAACCGACUCCAGACCCAUCAAAGCUAUUGCGUCAUUACCGAUAAAAAGUCGGUUUAGAGUCGGUUUCGUUGGCGUGACUGUAACAUACUGGUUUAAUAGGGAAAACUCGUAAUACUAAUAGAAAUGUGUACCGAUAACAAAAUCUAAACGGGUUUAACAUCAUAAAAAUCAUGCGAAAUAGGCACUAAAGUAUGUAUCCGUGAUCACUUGAUCAGCAUUUCGUAACCAUGGUAACCAUGAUCAUGAUUACACAUUGUCUGUUUUGGUGAUAUGCCCUAUUCUUCUUAAGACAGACUACCAUAAACAAACAAACAAAACAAAAACAAUGUAAUCUGAUUUUGUCUUAAUAUUUACGAAAUGAAAGACAGUUUAAAAACUGCAGAAGUGAUAUUAUAUUCGCUCAGUUUUGAUAACACCUCAUCACCUGAUUUAUUAAAAAGGUCCACGUCACGUAUAAUAAUCAUGAUAAUCUAUCUGGCAUGUCUGGUAUAGAACAUUAUAUUCCAUGUUGGAAGUAAGUUAUCGUUUUCCAUUAUAAAGGAUUGCGAAUUAUACAACGCCUUAUUCUAUUUCGAUGCACAAUCAUAAUAAUUUAUAAACGAUAUUUAUAUUCUGAGAAAAGGAGAAGGCACACAAAGGCAUAAUCUUUAGCAAAUCAACAUUAAAUACAUUGUAGAAACUAUUUUAGAAAUAAGUUAAGGGCCAAGUCCACCCCAGAAAAAUGUUGAUUUGAAUGAAAUCGAACAAGCACAACGCUAAAAAUUUCAUCAAAAUCGGAUGCAAAAUAAGAAAGUUAUGACAUUUAAAGUUUCGCUUAUUUUUCACAAAACAGUUGUAUGCACAACUAAGUGAUAUGCAAAAGAGAAAGCCGAUGAUGUCCCUUACUCACUAUUUCUUUUGUUUUAUUCUAUUGUUUGAAUUAUACAAUAUUUUAAUUUUUAAUGAUGUGACAAUAAGGACCAACCUUGCUGAACCAUAAAUGUGAAAACAGUGGUAUUUCCACAUGUAAAGGGAGAAAAAAAACUUUCUUUCACAUGACAAUGAGGAGAAAACUAGAAUAUUUCAUAUUUCAUCUAACAAACUACAAAAGAAAUAGUGAGUGAGUGACGUCAUUAGUCCCCCCUUUUGCAUACCGACCGGAAUGUGCAUAUAACUAUUUUGUGAAUUGAAGCGAAACUUUAAGAUAUCAUAACUUUCUUUUUUUACAUCCUAUUUUGAUGAAAAUUUCAUUGUUAUGCCUGUUGGAUUUUUCUCUUUUUAUUCUAAUCAACUUUGUGUUGGGUUUGACCUUGUCAUUUAACGAUUGUCAGAUUAUGGCGACAUGAACUUGUAUCCAUUCGAAUAUAAUAUUUAAGCAGUCACAGUAAAUGUGAUGUUUGAUAUAGCGAUUCAGGUGCUGGUAUGUAUAUUUCAGAUUUGUUUUCGGUGCCUUUUUGCAACUUUUUUUCUUACUUAAUUCAAUUAUUAUAUAGACGAACAUAAUACAUAUAAAUAUAUAGAUAUAUAUAGAUAAUAAAUGGUCAUCAGUGAAUGACCACCCUUGAAAAUUACGGUGUUUUAACAACAACAAUCGGUGUUCUGUAUUAAAAAUAAAUGGAGUAUGAACCCAGACCCGUAACACAAAGCCUAGCAAUCAUCGUAUAAGAAUAUCUUUACGAUUGAUUGCAUUGGCUACAAUGAAAAAUCGAUUGUAAAAAUCGUGCAAGCGAUCGAUCUCUAAAUUUUGUGUUACGGGGACCCAGAACACCAAAUAUUUUAAUAUAGUAAAUAGAAACCGUUACACCAAAAACCAAUGGAUGUUGAUCUAACAUCUUGGGUUUAAUACCGGUGUAAAAUGCUUGGUGUGUUCCUAUAUAUGUAAACACAUGUGGUGUAGUUUUAACACCUUUGUUUUACAGUGUAGUGUUAUAUUACUCGGAUUGUUACAUCGUCUUACUUGUUAAACAAAUAUCAAUGAUAUUGAGUAGAAAGUUAUUACCACACGGUUUAAAUAGAUUUACUAGAUUUCUUUGAAAUCCUAGAAUUUAUAAUAGAUAUAUUUGUUGUCCUGAUAUAAAAUUAUGUGUACCAAGGACACCCAUAAUACAAACAUCAAUGAUGUUUCUUUGUCAAUGGUAGAAGUUCGUAAUCUAAAUAUGAAAGAUCAAAUUUACAUGAUAUAAAAUGGAGGUUCCCUUUAUAUAAGAAAAAAAGAAAAUGAAUUAAUACAUUUCGUUAUAUGUGUUUAGUAUAUAUUUUGUUAGAACUCUAUAAUGUAAGCUUAUUGAUAGAAAUAUCAACAUAAUUUCAAGUUGCAUAAACAAUUAAAAUGAACGAAUUUUCUGAUGUAUAUACUAUUUUAUAUUUUCAAUUAUUAUCAAAAUAUUAUUCAAGUAUUUAGAAUUAUGGAAAGAAUAUAUGUCGAUAGCUUUAAUAACAAAUUUUGACUGUUUAAAAGAACUGCAACACACAUUGAGGCAAUACUCAAAACGUCGCUCAUUUUGCACAAAUCUUUGGUGCUGUUGUAAAAUUACAGCAAAGGAUUAUGGACACGGUCUUAUAAGCAUCUUAAAGAUUUGUUUUGAAAAAUAUUUUCAGUAAAUUUGGUAGAUGACAGGAAUAAUUCAGGCAUACAUAGAGGGAACGAGAAUUCAGGUUAUGCCGAACGUGCCGAAACGAAGUGUUUGAAUGGUUAAAUUUUUGGGUGUAAUAUCAUGAAUAUUAACUUUACUUUUCGUUUGAUACACACUUAAAAUGUUGAGCAACAUACUGUCCACUGUGUAGGGUAAUGUAUGUUGGUAAAAUAUAUAUUGAGCAAAUUUGUCACCCAAUUAUUACUUUUUAUUACCCAAUUUGGGCAGAUUUUAAACAAUAAUUGUGUGGACAGCAUGUUGCCAUUGGUUUGUUAAAAGUUGGGCAUUUUUUGCCCGAACUAUAUUUUAAGAGUGUAUUUUAUAGGCAAAAUAUUUUGGAUAUUAUGUGUUUCCUUUGCAUCCUGUUUUUUUUACAGUGAUUUUGUCUUCAGAGUAUAAAUUCUUUAAUUGCCAAAUCUUUCAUUUGAAGGAUUGGCUUUGUUGCGGUACAAUAUAUAUUUCAAACAGAAUUUUCGAUUAAUUGACAUCUUCAAUUAUUAUCAUUGGUAAAACAUGCUUUCGAGACAGCAGUGUCAAUAAGUAUUUUAGAUUAAUUUUAACGUUAUAUUGCAGUUUUACUUUCUGCAUGUUCUGUAGCAGCGAAAGUAAUCGAGUAUAACAACUUAUAAUAAGACAACGAUUUUUGUUACACUUUACUUUUAUCCCUAUGACGUCAUGAAUUUUACACAUAAGUGAUGAAUAUAUACGAAUAAUAAUUACCAUAGCAUUGGAAAAUUUAUGUAAUUUUCAUAUAUGUAUAUACCGUAUACUUCGCCUUGAUUUUCGUUUGUUUAUUUCAAUGCAAAAUAACUAUGUUGAUUAUUUCUGAAUAAAUCUAUA